UGAUUGGCCCGCGAUGGGGUGGGCGGGAGGCCUCUGAGCCGGUAGCGCGGCUGAGCGAGUGGCGAGCAACCGCCUAAGGCCCCGGAGCGCCCGAGGGAGGCUGCCGCCGGCCCUGCCCCCGCUCCCCAGCCCCACGUUUCCGCAGGAAUCUUGGGAAAGCAAAAUGAGACAUAAUCAGCUGUGUUGUAAGACACCACCUACUGUCACUGUUCAUGUAAAAUCAGGGUCAAAUAGAUCACAUCAGCCUAAAAAACCCAUUAACCUGAAGCGUCCUAUUUUUAAAGAUAGUUGGCCAGCAUCUGAAAAAAAUGCACAUAAUACCAACAAGUCUAAACGCCCCAAAGGACCCUGUCUAGUUAUACAGCGUCAGGAAAUGACUGCUUUCUUUAAAUUAUUUGAUGACGAUUUAAUUCAAGAUUUCUUGUGGAUGGACUGCUGCUGUAAAAUUGCAGACAAGUAUCUUUUGGCUAUGACCUUUGUUUAUUUCAAGAGAGCUAAAUUUACUAUAAAUGAGCAUACCAGGAUAAAUUUCUUUAUUGCUCUGUAUCUGGCUAACACAGUUGAAGAAGAUGAAGAAGAAUCCAAAUAUGAAAUUUUUCCAUGGGCUUUAGGGAAAAACUGGAGAAAAUUGUUCCCUAAUUUCUUAAAGUUAAGGGACCAACUCUGGGAUAGAAUUGACUAUAGGGCUAUUGUAAGCAGGCGAUGCUGUGAGGAGGUUAUGGCUAUUGCUCCAACUCAUUAUAUAUGGCAACGGGAACGCUCUGUGCAUCACAGUGGAGCUGUUAGAAACUACAACAGAGAUGAAGUUCAACUGCCCCGGGGACCUAGUGCCACACCAGUAGAUUGUUCACUCUGUGGUAAAAAAGGAAGAUAUGUUAGACUGGGAUUAUCUUCAUCAUCUUCAUCCAGUGAUACAGUAGAGGUGAUGGAGAAACAUUCUCAGGAAUCACAUAACUCCAUGGACAUAGUAGUUGAUCGUUCUCAAGCUUAUAGCUAUUCUCAAGCCAAUGACCAUCAAUCAAACAAAGAAAAGAAAACUAAUUUUAUGAAGAAAGACAAAUCUAUGGAGUGGUUUACAGGAAGUGAAGAGUGAGAUGGCUCAACUAAACCAAUUUGGAAUCAUUAACUACAACAUGUCAAAAUAACUACAAGACAAGUGUCAAAAUGAGACAUUUAAACAGUUUUGAAAUGUUACACAUCUUACUUUAGCUUUUAUUAUUUUUCAAAAUUAUACGUAAAAGUUAUACAAAUCAUAGUAAAAGCUAACAAUUCCAAUCUAUGGAAGUAGUGAUUCACAAUAUAAAGUUCUGUUUUGAUAUUUUUUCAUCUUCCAAUCAGUUGCUGUCAUCUGAGGUACUACUCAGGUUGUGGUUUAAACUUCCUCAGCUUGACAAGAAAAGCUAAUUUAAGGAAAGAAAAAGGUAAAGUUAUUACAAUAACCAGAAAAAAACAUCACUUACUAUGGCCUGAAAACAUCACUCACCUGUAUGACCAGUUUGCCAGUGUAUAGGUCUAGCAAUAUAAGGAGAUGAUCCAUAUGGAAAAUCAGAAUGCGAUUCUUCUGUUGUAGAACAAAAUAUAUAUUAUAAGCUACAUAAAAUAUUUUAUAUUUUGUUGACAAAACUGUUAAAAUACAAAUUACUGCCCUUUUAUGGUU